AUGUACGCAAUCGACCUCUUACCCACCACCAGGAUACGUUCCCGUUAGAACACCUGCUCGCAAAUUAAUGGCUACUCCAACGCCUAUGGGUGGUGAUGGAUAUGACCUACCCGCUGAAAUUCCAGGUGUAGGCAAUUUGCCAUUUUUUAAACAAAAAGACAUGCAACACUUUGGUAAAUUAUUAGAAGGCAAAUAUGAAAGCGAAUUAUCUGUUGAUGAGUUGAAGGAGCGCAAUGUUAUACGUCUUCUUCUGAAGAUGAACGGAACCACGUCCAUGAAAAAGAUGGCACUUCGAAAAAUAACUGUCAAAGCUCGAGAUUCUGGUGCUAGUCCUCUAUUCAACCAAAUCUUUCCACUUUUGAUGUCGCAAAAUUUAGAAGAUCAGGAAAGACUCUUGUUGAUCCUUGUGGUUAUUGAACCGCUCUUGAUCGAUGAAGACGAUCCAAUGGAUGAAAUUCAAAGGCAUUUCUUGGAUGCGGCUAAGAUAAUUGAAACUUUAUCAACAAUUUCACAAACUCAUCCUAUUUUUGUUUAA